CCUGCAUUUCCUAAAAUCAAGAUGGGGACAAAUAUCGAAUACCUCCUAUCGCUUCGUGCAAUACGCGAACGAGCCGCAAUCGUAGGAGACGCUGCAGAGGCUGGGCAGCUGAACCAUUUCGACCUCCACGGAGAUCGGAUGGACGACGUUGCAGACUACGUAACUUCCGUCAUCAAGCGCGAUUUUGGACCAGACAAGUUCGACUCAAUCCCUCCGCAUGGUCGCUGGCAGCAUUUCGAAGUUGGGAAUGUUCCCCGCAUCGCGCACAUAAUGCACAAUUGGAAGAAAGAUGGAUGCGAUGAUCUCGAGACCACUCGUCGCCUGGUCGACUUGUUCUUCGUCUCGGUGCUUUUGGAUGCUGGAGCUGGUGAUCGUUGGUGUUAUACUGAGCCUGGGACGGACAAAAAGUACGAACGCAGUGAAGGCAUUGCAGUGGCUAGCUUGUAUAUGUUUAACUCGCUGGCUUUCGCUACGGACAAGGAUGCAAGGGGGCCACUCGUUGACGGCAACGGCCUAAAACAGCUCAAGACGAACGCACUAGAAGAAGGGUUCCAGAUCUCGGACCAUAACCCCAUGCUGGGAAUUGAGUCUCGGGCAGACCUGCUUAGGAGUUUGGGAAGAUCAUUGCUCGCCCAUUCAGAUGUCUUCGGCGACGAAGGCCGUCCAGGAAAUCUUGUCGACCAGAUGGUCAAAUCUGCUCACGAAACUUCGAAACUCGACAUCAUGAUAUUCUGGGACAUUCUCCAAUCUCUUCUCAUCCCAAUCUGGCCCAAAGAUCGCACAACCAUCGGUGGGCACCCCAUUGGUGACGCAUGGCCCUUAGAGGUUCUUCAGCGACAGGCCGGAUCCUCGACCCCGUAUGGAAGCGACGUGGAGUCCAUUCAACCCUUCCACAAGCUCACUCAAUGGCUUACCUACUCCCUAAUGGUACCAUUCCAGCGGAUACUGGGCCUGCAUUGGACUAACACCGAGUCACUGACCGCCUUGGCCGAAUACCGCAACGGUGGUCUCUUCGUUGAUUUGGGAGCGCUCUCGCUCAAGAAGGAAGCACUUGAGAGAGGACUGAAAGCUUCAGGCGGGCCACUGCCACUGUUCGAGGCAGGGGAUGAUGUUAUUGUUGAGUGGCGGGCCAUGACUUUAGUCCUGAUUGACAAACUAUAUAGUAUGAUUCUGUCUCGUAUGGGUGGAGUUCAUUUGACUAUGGCGCAGCUACUUGAGGCUGGAACGUGGAAGUCCGGUCGUGAGAUUGCGGCAGAGCGUCGUCCGGAGACGAAAUCGAGUCCAAUCGUCAUCCAAAGCGAUGGCACCGUGUUCUGAGUCUUUUGGUCGGCCUGAAGGAAUAGAACGGCUCUUAUACUAGCUGCAAGUGAUUGAUCUAGGCUCUGGC